UGCGUUGGUUGAGAGUGCAAAAUCCACGAAUCGAGAUAGCGACGUCUGAACUUAUUUCGCCAAUCAUCCACUCCUUUCCCAUUCUCUGGAUCUCUUCGAUCUGCAUUGUUUGGGUAGGGGAUCACCAUACUCUGCAGUCACCUCUGAUCUUCGCUUCUUCAAUCUUUGGAAGACACUGAGAAGGAAGGAAGGAGUGGAAAGCAUAGGGUGUCAUACAUGGCGUCUGAAAGGGAAUACUUUGACCUCUCAGGACCCUUACAUCUAACAUCUGUUGACUGGGACGAUGCCAAUAAUCGCAUGACUGUUGCUGCUAGCUUGGUCCAAGGUGUUUACAUCCUAGAAAGGGAUCGACAAGAAAGACGGGAAGGUCCCAAUGCUCUUGCACCUCCUUGGUGGGAUUUCUUCAACUUUAAGUUAUUACGUCCACUCAUAGAUGAUGUUGAUUCUUCUAUCUUUGGUGCGAUCUAUGAGUUCAAGCCUCAGUCAUCCCAGAGUAAUGACCUUUUACACAGAAGAAUCCCUCGUUAUGUGAUUGCCUUUCGAGGUACCAUAACCAAGACAGACUCCGUUUCUCGUGACAUCGAGUUGGAUAUGCACAUAGUUCGAAAUGGACUUCAUCAGACCUCUCGUGCAGAGAUAGCUAUCCAAGCUGUUCGUAACAUGGUUGCGUCUGCCAAUGAUUCAAAUAUCUGGUUGUCUGGUCACUCUCUGGGAUCAGCCAUGGCGAUGCUUUGUGGGAAAACAAUGGCCAAAACGGGCAAGUUGCUUGAAUCUUUUCUUUUCAAUCCACCAUACGUUGCUGCUCCAAUUGAGAGGAUUAAGGAUAAGAAACUGAAACAUGGGAUUCGAUUUGCUGGCAGUGUGAUAACAGCUGGACUUACCAUUGCUAUGAAAGUUAAGCAGCCGAGGAAUUUGACUUUUGAUUCAUUUGCUGCUUUGUCUUCCUGGGUCCCAUGUUUAUUUGUGAAUCCUUCUGAUCACAUUUGCUCAGAGUACGUUGGAUAUUUUGAGCACAGAAGAAGAAUGCAAGAGAUUGGAGCUGGUGGCAUUGAAAGGUUAGCAUCUCAAAACUCACUCACUGGUUUGCUGAUGAGUGCAUCUGGAAACGAAUCAUCUGAACCAUUGCACCUAAUUCCUUCAGCUAAUUUGACUCUUAAUGUAACUCCUUCACGGGAUUUCAAAGAAGCUCAUGGUAUUCAUCAGUGGUGGCAACCCGAUUUGCACCUGGAAUCCAAGUUCUACAAAUACUAGUUCUUGUAGGGUUAUGGUAAAUAUGAUGGCUGAAGGUAUUGAUGAGAUUUGUCCUUGAAUAUGGGUAUUGUAUAGAAUAGUGGUUGCUUUUUGUUCUGUAACACCGUUUAUGGUUUAUGUAGCACUGCAAGGAUUAUAAUAAUACUUUCGUUGUCACAAAAAGGAAAAGGUUAAGAAAGGCGAGAAGAAUCAACAUGUUCCUA